UGGAUUUGGACUGCGACUGACAGCUCUAUCAGCUGACUGUCAUUUUUUUCUAUUUUCAGGUUAUUUUGUGAGUGCAAAUUACGCAAAAUUGCGGUUUGUUUACAAACCGCGAUGCGUGGCCUGACGUUCAGCGUUCUUCGACGGUGCCGCACGGGCCUGUGGCGUCCGGCAUCCCGCGCGCUAUGCUCGCAGCCUAAGCCUGCAGCCGGUGCCUUGCCUGUUCCAGAUCCAAAGCUAAUAGAAGUACACUCAUCAUGGCCAUCGGAUGAGCAGCUAGAGCUCCGAUCGGCGACCAUUCAGGGCAUGCAGGUGUUUCCAGACUUCGUCACAGAGGCGGAGGAGGGGAUGCUGCUCGCUGAGCUGGAACCCAUGCUCAAGAGGAUCAGAUAUGAGUUUGACCAUUGGGAUAAUGCGAUCAUAGGCUUCCGCGAAACGGAACGUAGUUCAUGGACCCCGACCAACGAAGCUGUCAUUUCGCGUAUGCGCAGCGUUUUCCCUCGAACUGGGAUGGACUCGGAACUCUUACCCGCUACCCAUGUGCUAGACUUGGCCGCGGCGGGACAUAUCAAGCCUCAUAUUGACGCGGUUCGGUUCUGCGGUGGGGUGAUAGCGGGUCUGUGCCUCCUCUCUGACGCUGUGAUGCGCCUGCAACACGAGACCCACAAGCAUCUCGGUCUGGACGCCUUGCUGCAACGGCGGGCGCUGUAUAUCAUGAGUGGAGUGUCUCGCUACGAAUACACGCACGCAGUCCUAGGAGGCGAGGAGAGUGUCUGGCGCGGGGAGGAGGUGCCGCGGCGUCGGCGAGUCGCCGUCAUACUGCGGAGCCGGCCCCGGCCGGACCGGAACUGACAACCCUAGCCCUUAUGACAACUGUCGGCAGGGACGUAGCUAGAGGAUAUGGCGCCCGGGGCAGUCACCAAAUUUGCGCCCCCUGACGACUGACAAAAGUUUCCCUGCUGCUGCCUUUUGCCCAUUUUAGCGCCCCCUACUUGGAUGGCGCCCGGGGCACUUGCCCCCCCUAGCUACGCCACCGAGUCUGUCGACUACACAGAAGUUCACAUACUGGUGACUGGUGACAGCCCUAGUUAUGAUCCCGGCCUUGGAGGAUAUAACCAAAUGGAGACGCCUUGUCUGUAAUUUUAUGUACAAAACAGUCGAUUUUUGCGGGGGAGGGGCACGUCAAAUGUAUACGUAACGUAAAAAUAGCCAUGUCAAAUUAACGUCGGUCAAUACAAUGUGUAUAACCAUUGGUCAUAGAGUUUUUGACAGAGGGGAACGCCUGUUAACGUUUUGGACGCCGAUGACGGAUAUAUCGGCACCGCAGGUCCAACGCCAAAUACCGAUUAAUCCGUCCCAGACCACAGAGCAACAUAGACCUACGCGCAUGUGCAUAAAGUUCAAUUUCAGUUUUAACACUUCGGUGACGUGGCGUCACGAGUGACAGCUUUUGUGUUUGACACGGCGUCGAAAAGGUUAAUGGCUACUCCGCUUGGUUAUAUUCUCCAAUAUCCCGGCCGUGGAAACUUUUGAAUGAAUAUAUUAUUCUGUGCUUAUAAGAUGGCUUUCAUAUACGUUUGACUUUUAACCUUAUUGUAUAGGUAUAGCUGAACCCAUUGACCGCCUCAGUCUGACACAACUGACAAGGGUUACAGUAUAAAGUGAACCUUAACCUUUUCGAUGCCGCGCGCCGUGUCAAACACAAAAGCUGUCACUCGGACGCCACGUCACCGAAGUGUCAAAACUGAAAUUGAACUUUAUGCACAUGCACGUAGGUCUAUGUUGCUCUGUGGUCUGUGACGGAUUAAUCCGUCUUUGGCGUUGGACCUGCUGUGCCAAUAUAUCGGUCAUUGGCGAAAAAGGUUAAUGUAAUCUAAUAAAGUUUACCAUUCAUUACCUACGCCCAACGUGUUAUAUAAAAACCGGCCAAGUGCGAGUCGGACUCGCGCACGAAGGGUUCCGUACAUUUACGCAAAAAAAUCACCUUUGUUGUAUGGGAGCCCCACUUUAAUAUUUAUUUUAUUCUGUUUUUAGUAUUUGUAGUUAUAGCGGCAACAGAAAUACAUCUGUGAAAAUUUCAACUGUCUAGCUAUCACGGUUCAUGAGAUACAGCCUGGUCACAGACAGACGCACAGUAGAGUCUUAGUAAUAGGGUCCUGUUUUUACCCUUUGGGUACGGAACCCUAAAAAAGUCGCAGCGGUCAAAAGGUUGUAAACUGACCAAUGCAAUACCUGACCAUUGAAUAGGUAAUGUAGCCAGCUAGUAUUUAAAGUAUUAGUUUCCUAUUUUUAUAAAUGACAGUAUUGCGUGAUUUAGAGAACUAUGAACCAUUUAUUUAUUGUUAUUAUUUUUGAGAAUGUUAAAUAAAACAAGCAUUAA